UGCCUGCACUCAACUACGUGUUAUCAUUGAUGAGACUGCAGUUCACAAGUUAACCCUACCAGAUGGAAUACCUAGUACAGUAGAUGAACUUUUGGAAAGCUGCAAAGGAUCAUUUUCAACUCCAAGGGAGUUUUAGUGUUAUGUAUAUGGACAAAGAUUUUGAAAACCAAUUCUUCACUCUGACAUCAACAGAUUUGGUUAAGGACAAAGACACAAUCAAGCUAGUCAAAAUAGAACCUUCUGUCAUUCUGACAUUGACUCCCAUCAAUGAAGCUGCAGAUAACUCCCCUCCACUCUCGCUGAACAAUUCUUUCCAGGAUGAAAGUUCUUCUAUUAGUUCAUCUGACACCACUAUUUUACAACCAUCCCCAGAGUGUUGAUCAGAAGUUUGGCCAACUAAUUUUGUGAUACCCACCUUUUCAUAUGAUGUUGAAACAAUCCUUCAAAAGGCAAAUGAUGAUUUUAAAAGUAAUGGUACACACCUUCACAAUACAAGCAUCAACUCUAAUGUGCUUGAGAAGCUUGCAGAACAAAUAUUUAGCUACACUGCCUAUCCCACCGGGCUUCAAAUCCUGGCCGUUGUAGAAGCUCUGUUGAACAAGCGUCCGUGCCUGAAGGAGCCUGGCACUUCAUUUUCAGGUAUGUACGGGUGACAGCAUCGUCUUAAGUAUAAAAUGGCCAAUUACGGUUCCAAAUUGAGAAAGCGUGAAAUACCUUGUCCUGAAGUUAACAUCAACUCCUUAAGAAGUAAAUUACCUGGUGAGAAAUAUCCUGCCAAAAACUGCAAAAGACCAAGGAAAGCGGAGGUGAAUUACCUCCCGCCGCAUCCAAGUGGAGAAACCGAAGACAGCCUUGAAGUAGAGAGGCAGGAGCUCCUCAGUGAGGUGAAGAAAAAUAACUAUAAUGUGAUAAAAGAAAAAAUGGCCAAAACAUUCUCCUAUCGAAGGAUUGAGGUUGUGAGUGGUUGUCCUGCUGUUGAGGAUUUUAAAAAGAGAUGGCCUGCCUUAUUUUGUGAAGCUGAGGUGAAAGAGGAAUUUAGAAGAAUAACUACAACUUCUCUGGAGCAGAGCUUCAUGUAUAAACUUGACCUCUACACACCAAAACUUAUUGCCCUCAUGAAGCUUAAGGGAGGCAUUGCAAGGACAAAGCUGAGGCCGCACUUGGACAAACUGAGUCAGUGGCUAGAAGGAGUAGCUGUCUUACCCGCCACCACUGAGAUCUACCGGCAUUUGUUGACGGGUGUUGAUGUCAAGCCCCGCGGACAAUAUUCUGGAUGUUCUGACUGACACAUCCUUCGAGUAGUGACUGUCCCCUUCUGAAGAUCACUGGGUAUUCAAAUUAUAAACAGUGAAGUGACAUACGGCUAAGUAUGGUGACCCAUACUCAGAAUAUGUUCUCUGCAUUUAACCCAUCCAAAGUGCACACACACAAUAAACACACACCGUGAACACAC